UUGAUUGUGCCAAGAGAAUUAUUAAUGAUUUAGGUGGUCCGGGAAGUUUUAUUGGUGUUCAUAUAAGAACUGGUGAUGGUAUUUUUAAAAGUAAAAGAUAUCAUAACAUCAAUAACAUUUUUGAUCAAAUAAGUAAUUAUUCAAAAAAUCAUAAUUUUACUAAAAAUCGUUUACGUAAAUCUUUACCAAAAAAUAUUUUGAAAUGCUUGGAGA